AUGCAACGAAGAGUUAAUGAUGUUCCAGCACUUAGUCAAUUACAAUCUGUUGAUGAUUAUUUCCCUCUCCUAUUUGAACAAACUCUUCAAUUGUAUGCACUACGAAUGAAAGAUAAUGAAGAUCAAGUCGAUACUGUUGUAAGUAAUCAUGUGUGGGCAGUCAGAUGGAAAUUACAAACGCUAUUCCUGUAUGUAUUCAACUGUCAUCCCCUUUAG